AUGCCUCAUGUUUUGGAGAUUAUCGCCUUCCUGCACCAUGUUGGUCUCAUGCCGGAUUCUAUCUACACCUACCGUCCUCACGAGAACAAGUACGCGCUUCAACAGCCUCCGACGCUUCACAUGUUGUCGUCCAAGAUACUGACCGCGCUGUCCGACGCAUCCUGGAAGGCACACGAGGCCUCUGUGAAAUCGGCAAAACCUGGCGCGAAACCCUCAUACUUUCUUGGGCAUGAGAUUCCUGGCUCCCGCUACAGGGUCCAUGUCACCGAAAUAGGCCCAGAGCUGUGGUUGGAACUCGUACUCUGGUCUUGCCUCCACGGCGGCUGGACAGCGGACGGUAUUGCAAUACUGGAACAAGUAGCGUCCGAACACAAGGAGCAUGGCUGGGGCCUGAUCAGCUGGCGGGAGAUCAUGUUGGCUGAGCAGCAAAACUCACCAUCACCUUCGAGACUAUGGAAGCUGUUCCCAAUGAACGGCGAAGCUGCUGCGAGUGAUGCGGACAGAGCGCGAUCCAGGAAAACCAUCAGCAGCGAAGUCGUCACUGCAUUUGUAGACGCUACGGCGAACAAAAUGCGCGUUGGCGUUGGCUUGCGUGGCUCUAACCCAGAGGUCGUCGUAAAACAGCUCAAGACACUAAAAGACUUCCUCGACGUGAACAACCUCAGCUUGGGGUCUACAUCUUGGGAUUCAGUCAUUGCUCGACUUAUAGAGUCAGGAGCUUUCGUGCCUGAAAAGCGCCCCGAAGCCCUCCUACGCCUCUUUCAGCUGGCCACCGGGUUCGGUGCAGAAGUCACUACUCUCAAUGCUUCAGCGACAACCAGUGAUGAAGUACAUUAUUUUUUUGAGCCUACAACUCUUCCACUCAACCUGCUCCACCGAACAAUGCGGGCAUUCAUCAACAACGGGGAUCUCCAGGGCGCAAUGACCACAUUGACGUUGUUACAGCAGCACACCGACGAAAAUAAGCAAAAGUCCUUGCAGCAAUUCUUCGAAAUGCUGAAGAACGACACGCCAAAGCAGGGACAUCCUUUCACGAGCAGUCUUCCACCAGUUGACUUCCCAGCUUUCGAGGUCAGCAUGCCUGUUCCUCUACGCGCCAGACUGUUGGACUUGGCUACCGAGUCUGGGAUGCAUGAGCUAGGUCGCUGGCUACUAUUUGCUCAGGACAUUGAUGGUCCUCUGAUAGGACGCGAUCUGUACAACCAUCGAAAUGUCGCUGCGUCCAUUGUGCGAUUUGGCACACUCUCUGGCGAGAAUGAUCUCGUGAUGGAUAUCGUCAAGAGAGUCGGAACCUGGUCCAAAACCCACGGAGAGCAGCGCAUGCCUGCCGAGGUCCUUACUGCACUUCUCUGCAGUCAGAUCAAGCUUCAUCGAUGGGACUCCGUGAAAGGGAUGGAGCAGUACAUCGGAGAUGCUGCUGGGUUCAAGCCACGGCCAAUCAUACUAUCGACUUUUGCCGCAGAGCUUCUUCGACUAUCUACAGGGCCCGAAGAGGAGCGGCUGAAAACGCAAGAUGCGUUCACCGAUCUACUUUUUGCUUGGGAAGAUCUCAUCCUGGGCAAUAUUCGCAAUGAAUUGCAUUGUAUAUUGGCAAUCAUGUCGACUACGGAUGACAUGUGGAAGGACUACUGCUCUCAGUUCUUGGCCUUCUCUUCACGUCAAUACAUAAAACUCUCCACAGACGAUUUUAACAAAGUGCUCAGCGGUAUACUCGAUGGUUAUGGAAGCUCCAAGGCCAGAGCAGCAGUGAGCACUUGGUGCAAUAUGUCAUCUGCCGCAUUCGAAGCCCAUCGAGCUCCUGGUGGACUGCUGACCAUGCCGCGCUUCCAGGUCGGCAAAGGCACUGAGUACGCAGAACGGCCACCUCACAUUGAACUGAUCCAAGAGUCAGGCGCAAAGCUUACCCUACAAGGACGGAUAAGGCCUAAUCGUCAGACAUUAUGGGUCAUUUUUCGCAAGGUGCAAGAGGAAGUGGAGCAGCGCAGGUGGCAAGGGAAAGAGUUCUCCGCCACUGAGCAUGCAGACGUGCGCACGACGCUCAGGUGGGCAGCGCGCCUACUGUACAAGCUGGGCUACGACUACGAAGACAUUUCUCUCGACAUGGGCAGUAUUCUCGUAGAGCUAGCCGGACUUGAGCCUCCCGCGGCCACUAACGAUCCCGAAAGGCUCGAUGGUGCUGUACCAAGAUUUGGAGAAUACGCUUCUGCCAGCACGCAUAGACUAGCUUUCUUGUAG